AUAGCCACACGCCGCGGGCUGCGGAGUGCAUUCACUCGCUUACUCGCUACUCGCUUUUAGCGUCAUCAAGUAAACAAGUUUUCGAAAGUGCCACACACGAAAUACAGGGACGACAGAUAAACAGAGGAAUUGAAUACUAAAGUUUUAAAAAACACCAAAUCAUCUUGAAAAAAACAAAUAUUUAAACAUCAUUCGUACAUAAUAUCAGUUUUAAUAAAGUGAGUGCGUCAGCUGUAAUAUUAAGAAAUCAGUGCAAAGGUUAUUUCAUCAUAAUGGACGCCACAAUGGAAAAUAAAAUGGGUCUACCACCACCGUACGAACAGAUGCCACCUCAUCCUGCGCCGCCGCCAUCAUACUACGCAACCGCACCAUCUUCGCCACCGCCGGUCGCUGAUAACCCCCGCACACUUGUGGUAACAUCUGCCCCGAGAACGAACACUGCGUCCAUCAAAAUGGGCCCAGGGCCUACCGGUACGGUGUGCCCUACGUGCAACAAAUCAAUAGUAACAAGAGUAGAAUACGUGUCGAACAAUCGAACGCAUAUCAUAUCUGCAGCUCUUUGUGUCAUUGCCGGGUGCUGCUGUGGCUGCUUCGUCCCAUAUUGCAUUAAGUCCUGUAAAACAGCAAAUCAUUACUGUCCUCAAUGCAGAGCCUUUAUAGGCACCCACGUUCCUUCGUAAUUAAUAUUCUUGAUCUAAGUAAUUAUAAGCAUAUUUAAGGUGCAUUAAAUAGGUAGAUCACGAAUCACGUCGAAAUUAACCUCUAUAGGGUAUUUGUCUCGCUCGGUUCGGUACUUUAAAAAAUAGUAUUUUAAAUGCAAUUUUAAUUAUAUAAAAGCAUUAUUAAGCCUCUAUGAUUUUAUAAAAGAACACUGGAUUGUUUCAAAUUUUAAAGGAUUGAGUUUUUAUAUCAUUUUGGGAGAAAUUUGAAUGAAAUAUAAUAAUGAAAAGGUUGUGUGAAAAAUGUGAUGAUAUUGUGUCUAUGUAGCACAAUCUAAUAUAAUUAAAUUGACAUUACUUGUUUAAUAAACGUUCACUCGAAAAUAAUUAUUUUUAAUUUUAUUUAGAUUUUUUAUAUAUGUUUUAUUAUUAAUAACUUCCUUCGAAAAACUGAAAUAUCUCAUUUCUUUAUUAGAAAAUUAAGAACAAUGAAGAUCUUAACGUUGUAUAGCGGCUGAAUAGUCUCGCAUCUGUCUCUUUCUGUCAUCAUUUAUUUGACAUUCAAAAGAAAAGAACAGAAUAUUGUGUAACAAUAUUACCGGUAGACAACGUUUAUUAGUUAAAGUAUUAUAAUAUAUAUUUUGAUAGUCGAAUAAAUAUGAAUGGUUUUGGUAAAAUUGCUUCAUAGUGUAAUAUAUUUUUAAUUAUAUCAAUUGGUAUUUCUUUAAGACUAGAAAACAGGGAUUAUAAUUAUAAAAUAAUUAAAUACCUCGCUAUUCUUUCGCUUCAGAAGUGAAAUUGGAAUGAAAUGAAUUUGUAAUUAAUUUUUAUUUUUUUUAUUUUUACUAAACCUUAUAACUGUGUUUGCCUUAAUGAAAAAAAAAAACAAUUUUUUAUUAUGUAAAACGUAUAGACUUUUUCUGUGAUAAAUUUUAUGUAAAUUUAUAUCAGCAGAGCUAUUCUGUACUAAUUCAAUUCGUAUCUCACUCGUGAAAUCUUGAUGAAACCGGUUACACUUUAUUUUGAUAGAUAUGUCAUUUAUAUCUUAUAGUUAUAAUUACAAGAAUCAAUAUCAUAAACCACUUUCCGAAAUUUCAUUUCCGUAUUCUACGUUACAUUCAAGUUUCAUCAUACAGAAUAGCUCUACUGUCAAUUAAAUGAAAUUUCCAUAAACUUAAUUUAAAAUAAAAUAACUGCCUACUUUUA